ACAUUAUUGGCAUUGAAUGCAAUGAUGAAGACGUGUGUUGUUGUGUGGAUGUGUUGUGCGGUGACGUUGACCACGAUGUGUGUUGUGGGUGUGUUUGGGUGCAAUGAGGCGGUGUGCGCUUCGGUGGUGUCGAAGUGUAUGUUAACGCAAAGCUGUAAUUGCCAUCACUUCAAGCAGAACCGGACGUGUAGUCGAGACUGUUAUCAUUGUCUCGACUAUCUAUACCACGACUGUUGCUCUUGUGUUGAGAUGUGUCCGAAGGCCAACACAAGCGAGUCAUCGCUGGCCUCCAAAUCACACGUCGAAGAUCUGACUGAAGGACAGCACGACUUGUUCACUGUUCUCACCGAAGAGAGGGAUCACUUGCUUCGGUGGACAUCGUAUUCGUUUCCGUUGAAAGUAGUGAUAAUGGAGUCAAUCGGUGUCCACAGCGACCCCAUGAAGAACAACGGCUCCGAUGGUAUUGACGUGGAGAAAGACACGGCCGUCAACUGUACGGUCGCUUAUAUGUCUCAAUGCAUGUCUUGGAACAAAUGCAAGUCUUCGUGUACAUCGAUGGGCGCCUCCUCUUACCGGUGGUUUCACGACGGCUGCUGUGAAUGUGUCGGCACUUAUUGUAUUAAUUACGGCAUCAAUGAGUCGAAGUGUCUUCAGUGUCCGCUCACUCCCGAGAAUAGCGUCAAUCAGGAGAUCGACGAACACGAGGCCAACGGUGACCCCAACGCAGCCACCGAUGAACGCAUCUCUGACUACGACUCGGAAGACAAUCGUCACACCGAAGAGGAGAACGGAUCCCACAAUACGUUGACUUCCAAUGAAAAGACUGAGAAAUCAGAGAAACAAACGAAUAAAAAAUCAAAUGAAAAUCAAAACGAAAAGAAAGAAAACGUGUAAUCGAUUUGAAUCGAUGUCCGAAGCGAUCAAACAUUCCAUUCAUUACAAUACAAAUCCAAUCAGUAUUUGAAGACAAAGUCAUUAUUUUAUAGUUUUAAUAGUUUUUAUUAUACAUUAUUAUUAUUAUUAUAAAGUAUUAGUAAAUACUUAAGCCUUAGAAAAGCAAUCAAUUGAAUACAAUAGCACUCAAAUCGGUUGUGAAUUUGUAUCGUUUAGUGCCUUAACCUUUCAUUAGAGAGAUUUCAUCAAAUAUUUUGCCAUUUCUUCUCAUUUUUA